AACGUUCGCCCAGAUUGAUAGUCAGUCCGCCAACUAUGUCAACCGAACCACUUCUACCUUCCUAUUCCUCUAUUCCGGAGUAUGAACGAGAACGGCGUCCCUACCAACACAGGCAGGGUAGAAGGGUCAACUCAACCCCGCUUACUCCGUCGACUCCGCCGAUUCAAUCUCUAAGCGCCCCGUUCUUCGUCGGCGCCGUGAUAACCUCUACAUAUUGGUCCUACAAGAGCUAUACAGCUUCGGACGGGGUACUUUUCUAUCUAUAUAUCACAGGUCUGAGAUCUCUGACUAUAUUCCAGACCCUAUUGGGGCCAGCCCCUUUACUCCCUUACUUUGCGUCGUUAUUCCUCGUCCUCUCUUUCUGUUCGUGGAUCGGCUACCUAGUCUCCAUCCUUUACGACCAGGACGAAAUUUCUCUGUUCCAGCGCAAGCUUGUCAUCUGGAUAUCAGUUACCGGAAAGGUGGUUUUGGGGGUCGCACACGCUGUCAUCUGGUUCGAGUACAAACAAUUCUUCCCCGGCACAAAACAACCCAACUGGAUUAUUAUGUUUCUUGCGACGCAAGCUUGGUGGGACCUUUUACUAUUGAUGGGGUAUUAUCCUAUGCUGCGAAUAAUGUAAUGGAAGGCUGGGCUAAACUGUUCAUGAGGUUCAGUAUGAAUGGAAGAAAUACAUUUGUUCUGUCCUUGUCGUGGC